AUGGCACGCGCGCGCCAUGCCAUCGUGUUGCGGGACAUGCAGCGGCGGCGGUGGCGGCGGCGGCAGCAGCUCGGGUCGGCUGGCGGCCGGGACCAGCAGCAGCCGGUGCAGCACCGCAAUCGGCGCGCUCCUGCCGCCGCUGGGCGCGCGCGGCGGCGGGUGGCGUGCCCGGCUCCGUCUCCGGCGGUUCAUCGUGUCCCCCUACGACCCGCGGUACCUGGCGUGGGAGAACUCGCUGGUGGCGCUGGUGGCGUACUGCUCGUGGGUGGCGCCCUUCGAGUUCGGGUUCGUCCCGGACCCCCGAGGCGCGCUGCCAUCGCCGACAACGCCGUGAACGCGGCGUUCGCCGUGGAUAUCGCGCUCACCUUCUUCGUGGCGUACGCGGACGGCCGGACGUACCUGCUCCAGGACGACCCCCGGCGGAUCGCGUGGCGGUACGCCCGGACCUGGCUCGCCCUCGACGUCGCCUCCACCGUGCCCAUCGAGUACCUCAAGGAGAAGAGAGACAGCUGCGCGAUCGCCGGCGUCGCGGAGGAGAUCAAGUACAUGCUAGCUCGGGGCCAGCUCGAGCUCCCCGUCACGCUCUGCCUCGCCGCGUCCAAAGGCGACGACUUCCUGAUGCAUCAGCUGCUCAAGCGCGGUGUUGACCCCAAUGAGUCUGAUAACUAUUGGCAUACGGCACUGUGCGUCAAGCUUCUGUUAGAGCAUGGAGCUGAUCCUAAUGCCACAGAUGCGCAAGGAAGAGUGCCCCUGUGGGAGGCCCUGUCCAGGAGGCACCGCGCGGUGGCGUGGCUGCUGGUGGACGCCGGCGCGGACCUGGCCGCGGGCGACGCGGCGCUGUACGCGCGCACGGCCGUGGAGGCGGACGACGUCGCGCUGCUGGAGGACGUGGCGCGCCACGGCGGGGACGUGACGGUGGCGUGCUGGGACGACGGCGUCACCGCGCUCCACCGCGCGGUGCUCCAGGGGAACGUCGGGAUGGUCAGGGUCCUGCUGGAGCACGGCGCCGACGCCGACAGGGAGGACGGCGGCGGCCGGACCCCGAGGGCCAUGGCGGACCCGCUCGGCCACCGCGACAUGCAGCAGCUGUUCGGGUCGUCGUCGUCGCACCGGGAAGGAGCGGUGGAGAGCCCGAAGCGGCAGCAACGGCAGGGUUCGGGAACGGACCAUGGAAGCAGGCUCGCGGUCGCGGCUCAUCAGCCGGCGGUCACGAGGUUCAAGAGCGCGCCCGCGCCGAGGGUCCCCGUCCCGCAGCACGACAGCGCUGGCUCGUCGCCGUCGUCGUCGUCCAAUCACAGCACUCCCCGCCGGAUGGUCAGCUUCCGGAACUCCCUAUUCGGCGUCCUGUCCUCGUCACACGUGAACCGGCACGACGGAGGCGGCGGCGGCGCGCCUAGCCGCCACGAGAGGCACACGCACAGCAGCAGGUCGCGUGUCAGGAUGACCAUCUCCUGCCACGAGCAGGGCGUCAGCGCGAGGAAGCUGGUGUUCAUGCCUGACACCAUGGUGCAGCUCGUGGAGCUCGCCGGGAGCCAGGUCGGGUUCGCUCCGACGAGGGUGGUGACCAUGGACGGUGCCCAGGUUGACGACGCCAGGCUCGUCAGGGACGGCGACCACCUCCUCCUCGUCACUCAUCAGUGGGUGCCUGACAUGCAUACGAAUCAGUAA